CUGACGUCACUGAAUCAGGAAGUGAGCUGAGUUGGGUAUCUCGCUUCAUCCAAUAUCUCUGGUUAAAGUCCGUAAACUGUGCUGGUAAUGACGGUGUUGCAGGUCUGAGAUGACUGAGGUGAGCCAUCAGCAGUGGGGAGAGGUGGCUGGCUUGGGUGCUGUGGAGAUGUGGGUCCUCCAGUCCUCCCAGGUGCGGGUGGAGGUUGUCACCCUGGGUGCCAUCAUCAGGUCUGUGUGGAGCAAAGGGAAGGAUGGUCAGAUGGAAGACGUAACCCUGGGCUUCAAUGACGUGGAAGGCUAUAUGUCAGAUACGCGGUACCUGGGAGCUACGGUGGGCCGUGUGGCCAACAGGAUUGCAAAGGGACGCUUUGUGGUGGAGGGAAAAGAGUACCAACUGGAUAUCAAUAAUGGACCUAAUGCACUGCAUGGAGGGCUGCGGGGCUUCAAUAAGGCUAUCUGGCUUGCGUCAGCAGUGGAAGGUGGUGUACAGCUGAGUCACACUAGUCCAGAUGGAGACCAGGGUUAUCCUGGGGAGGUUCAGGUCUCUGUCUCCUACACCCUACAGGGGGAAACACUAACUGUUGAAUACCAAGCGUGGUCUACAAAAACCACCCCUAUCAACCUCACCAAUCACUCCUACUUCAACCUGAAUGGACAGGGUGCAGUAGACAUCUAUGACCAUCAAGUGUCCAUCAGUGCACAGUCCUACCUGCCUGUGGAUGACACAGCAAUUCCUACAGGAGAGAUCAGACCCGUGGACGGCACGCCCUUUGACCUCAGAAAGCCUGUUCUGAUUGGCCCUCGACUGAAGGAGGUUCCAGGUCCAGGGUUUGACCAUAAUUUCUGUCUGUCAUCACCUGGAGACACCUGGACAGAGAGACACGCUGCCAGAGUGUGUCACCCAGCCAGUGGGCGGGUCCUGGAGAUUUCUACUAGCCAACCAGGAAUCCAGUUUUACACCGCUAACUUCCUGGAUGGUUCUAUGACAGGAAAGGCCAGGGUUAGGUACAGGAAGCACAGCUCCUUCUGUCUGGAGACACAGAAUUGGCCUGAUGCGGUCAACCAGGCUGCAUUUCCUGACUGUCUUCUGCGUCCUGGUGAGGAAUACAGACAUGUCACUCGCUUCACCUUCACCACGGUCUGAUGUGAUCUCUACUAACAGAAGGACAGAGAAGAAGAAAACUGGGUGCUUUUCAGUGGAGAAGAAUUUCUAUCACUUGAUUGUACAUAUGAUUUUUCACAGUAUAGAGGAUCAUGGACCAUACAGUUCAGCAGCUAGUGCCUUUCUCAGUGGAAGUUCACUUCCCCUCUGUGUAAGUGUGUCAUGAGAUGCUGAGUUUUAACAGGAAUAAAGUUACUAACCUGUGCUGUGAGUCAUUGUGAAAAGAGAGAAAUUGUUGCCCGUGUAUGUCAAAUUUGGUGGGGUGACGUGAUUUUCAUAGUCCAGCCUGACCAAACUCUGUUAGUUAAUGUGAUUAAUGGUCAUGUGCAAUGCUAUUAUUCCAAUAAACAAAAAAUUAAUAAAACGCUUAAUCACUCAA